UCAAUUGGACCUUUAGAUAGCGAAAAGCACCUGAAAAGCGAUCGGUUGGACAAAGAAAAGAAACAAAGUUGAGAGCCCUCGCCGGAAGUCGAAUCUCCGGCCGCCGCUGUUUCCUAUUUCCGAUCGAACUGCCGUUCUUCUGGCUGUCUAUUGCCGGAACUCCUAUCUCCAAGAACCGAUUCUCAUCGGAAAGCAGUGAAACAAAAAUUAGAAGGCAUGGUGGGAUUUUUUGCGAUUCCGCUGGAGAUUUCCGCUAGGUUACUGUGGACUACCAGCUUCUUCCGCCAUAAGCGAUCUUGAUCCUCAAUUUUUUUCUUUCUUUCUCUCUUUCCUUCUUGAGAUUACUGUUCUGUUUUAGGUUAGUACUAAAUCUUCGCCUUACACAAAUUUGAAAUUCCGUACAAAUUUCACCUCUGCGCCGCCGUAAUUGGAGUGAGAUUUGAAUGGAAUCUGGUCGGUUCUUGUUUAAUCCGCCGCCUGCCGGUGGCAAUAUGCUUUACCUUGGCGGAGCCGGUGGCGAUCCUCUGCGAGGAGGAAGAACAAUGAUGAGCAUGAACAUGAAUGUGAGUCCAAAGGGGAGGCCAUUUUUCAGAUCACUUGACGAUCUAUACGACGAUGAAUAUUACGACGAGUUAUACCCCGAGAAGAAGCGUCGUCUCACCCACGAACAGGUUCAAAUGCUGGAGAAGAACUUUGAAGAAGAGAACAAACUGGAACCAGAGAGGAAGUCCCAACUAGCCAAGAAGCUAGGCCUGCAACCGAGGCAGGUCGCUGUGUGGUUCCAGAAUCGUCGUGCUCGAUGGAAGACGAAGCAGCUCGAAAGGGACUAUGAUGUUCUUAAAGCUUCAUAUGAUUUGCUUUUGUCUAACUAUGACUCAAUAGUCAAAGAGAAUGCAGUUCUUAAAUCUGAGGUGGCUUCCUUAACUGAGAAAUGUCUAGCCAAAGAACUGGAUGGAGGAGAAGCACCAAUUCCAUAUGUAACAUCAGAGCUUCUUCUAGCAGACGUCGCCCAUGUCUCCACCCCACACUCCGGCAGAAAGGCUGAAGAUCGUCUCAGUUCAGGGAGUGAUAGCAGUGCAGUGGUCGACGAUAAUUGUCCACAACUCAUCGACAGCGGUGAUUCUUACUUCCCUAGCAAUGAGUAUCCCCAAUUGCCUAGCGGUUUGCAAAUUGAACACGAUGAUACGAACGACAACAGCAACUACUUGUUCUCAGAUAUGUUUGCAGCAACAAACCAACAGAAUCAGGAGGAAGGGCCUCCAGCUUGGUGGGCAUGGCCUUAAGGUUGUUAUUCAACUUAUAACAGCCUGUUGCUUAUACAAAAUGUUAUUGAAGCUUUUACUUGUUUGUAAUCAAUGAAGUUUAGAUAAUUAUGGUGUCAUUGUUUAAAGUAUUGUUGUAUUGUACUUGAAAGAAAAAUGGACUUGACAAUUUGAAGCCUGUGUUCACAAUUAAUCAUAGAAGUGGAAAGAAGUUUGUCUCCAUUCCACUA